AGCGCUAUGGCGCAUGUAAGUCCAAAGUUAUCGCGCACCUGCCAGUGUUUUAUUUUAGGACGAUAACUCUAAUUGAAAUAUAUACAGACUUACUUAAUAUCGUGUCUUAAUAUCACACAGUAAUUACUUAUUUUUCACCUGUGUUUGAUUGACGUUCACCAUGUAUGUGGCCAAAUCCAUCCCUGUUGAUCAUAAAGACUUGAUCCACGAUGUCUCCUAUGAUUUCCACGGAACGCGGAUGGCCACAUGUUCCAGCGACCAAAGCGUUAAGGUGUGGGACUUGGGAGAAGAUGGAGAGUGGCACUGCACAGCUAACUGGAAGACACACAGUGGCUCUGUGUGGAGAGUGACGUGGGCACACCCUGAGUUCGGGCAGGUUCUGGCCACAUGCUCCUUCGACAGGACAGCGGCCGUGUGGGAGGAGCUGGUGGGAGAACACGGCAAAGGUAAAGGUCAGACUCCAUGGGUCAACAGAGGCAACCUUGUGGACAGUCGAACUUCGGUGACGGAUGUCAAGUUUGGACCUCAAUACUUGGGCUUGCAGCUGGCUACAUGUUCUGCUGAUGGGAUUGUCCGUAUCUACGAGGCUGUUGACGUGAUGAACCUCAGUAACUGGCCUCUCCAGCAUGAGAUCUCAUGUAGAAUCAGCUGCAGCUGUCUGUCCUGGAACAAUUCAAGAGUACAUCCUCCAAUGAUAGCUGUCGGCAGUGAUGACCCUAACCCAGCGGCUGGUGCGAAAGUCCACAUCUACGAGUACAACGAUAAUGCAAGGAAAUGGAACAAAGUUGAGAGUUUAUCCAUGGUGACUGACCCCGUCCAUGAUGUUGCCUUCGCUCCAAACUUGGGGCGGUCAUACCACCUGUUGGCAAUCGCUGCCAAGGAUCUCAAGAUUAUUUCUCUAAAGCCACUGAGGAAGGAUGUUUCCUUAGGAGCACAGGCCACUCUGACGAAGUUCGAGAUGAGACAAGUGGCAAGUUUUGGUGACCAUGAGUCCCAGGUGUGGCGGGUCUCCUGGAAUGUGACUGGUACAAUUCUAGCAUCAUCUGGAGAUGAUGGGUGUGUCCGCUUGUGGAAAGCGAACUAUCUGGACUCCUGGAAGAGUAUCUCAGUCAUGAAGGGAGAUGGAUCGCCGCAAGACUCCGCUCGGAACCACAACAACAUGCCCCAAGCAAUGUCGGUUGCCAAUGGCAACAGUGAAGGCGUCAGGACUCCGCCUCCUGGAACAAUGAACAUCAAGCGCCUAAGCAACUGGCCCUUCACGUCCGUGCAGAAAGACCAAGCCAAGCUCUUCUACUGACACGGCCAUUAUACUACCUCAUCAUACCAGUAUAUGCCCAUCUAAAGGAGAAUGAUAUAGGGUGUGUGUAAAUUACUGCUUUCAGUAUUGGAGUAUGUAGCCACUGGUUUAUAUUAUCAUGGUGUGUUUUAGGGCUGGGACGGGUAACCUGGAUACCCGGGACGGGUGGGUAAUGAGUUGUACCCGGGUACCUAUCUCAAUACCCGGACCUGUUAUGAU